GUACAUCGCCUUAAAAGAGAAAUAUGAAUAUCUAAAUACACUUUCUUGUAAAAUGAUGCUUAUCCGCAAAUAUUGACAAGUUUAUUGUUGUAAGAUUAUAUUUGAUCACCAAAGAUGAUCUUAGACUCGCUUCUAAGUAAACAUGGCUGUAUAUAAGUAUAUUUACAAAUUAUGUCACUAGUUCAUGAAUGGGUCAUACAAAGGUACUAUGUAAUUUGACAGACGGGUCAUUAGUAGAACUAGUGAAAGGAUCAAUCUAUUUCUCUUUGGUCUUCAAAAAGAUUAAUGCCAAUGAGCAAAGUGAACCAAGACAGAGGGAAAAGUGAUGAAGCGGAGAAGGAAAUAGAACCUUAUGGUUGCUGUUGUUUUAAACCGAGAUGCCUACAGUUCUUCAAUACUAUACAAUGGAACGUUUUUUGGCAGUGUGUAUUCAAUUUCUUUGAAGGAUUCAUUGUUAAUGGAGUCGUCAAUGUCAUUAUUCCGGCGUUGGAGAAGAGAUACAGCCUCUCUAGCAAACGCUCCGCCAUCAUUGCAUCGGCAAAUGACUUUGGUGCUUUUAUUUUCUUCAUUUUUGUGGGAUACAUUGGCGAACGCGUGCACAAACCUAAAUUAAUGGCCGCUGGUGUUCUUGUUAUGUCACUUGGAAGCUUCUUGUUUCUGUUACCACAUUUUAUUGGAGAAAAAUACCAUUUUAUUUUGUCAGAUAGCAAUGCCAGAAACAACAAAACAGAGGCUGUAUGCAACCUAAACUCUGAAUCUACACAAUGUGAAGCCAAGGAUACCCAGACGUCUUCUUAUACCGAAUAUUACGCCAUGUUUAUCCUGGGACAAAUGUUCCACGGCAUCGGGGCCGUACCCAUGUUUACAAUUGCACUAGCGUAUAUUGAUGAAAAUUGCAAGCAGAAAAUGACAUCUCUGUAUGUUUCGCUAACUUUUUGCUGCGCUGCCGUUGGUGUUGCUGUUGGUUACAUUGUCGGAGGACAAACCCUGGGACUCUUCGUCGACAUCGAUAAAGUACCCACAGAUUCUGUGGGACUGACCCCAGAUGACCCUCAGUGGGUCGGCGCCUGGUGGAUAGGUGUCGUCGUCAGCUUCUUUGCCUUCUUCUUCAUCUUUUUACCAACACUUGGAUUUCCCAAGCGACUACCAGGAUAUGAUGAGUUGCAAAAACAGAAGGUAUCUGAAGCAUACAAUUCUGGAGGUUCGGAAGCAACUACAAGAGCUGAUUUUGGGACCAAACUUAAGGACAUUCCCAAAGCAAUAUGGCUUCUGCUGAAGAAUCCCACAUUCGUAUUCAUAGUACUAGGGGCAACAAUCGAGUUAAACAUUGUUGGAGGCACAGCCGUGUUUGGAGCAAAGCUUCUACACGUCUUGUUUAACGUGGAUUUAACAACAGCCGGAAGUGUUAUGGGCAUUAUAACAAUUCCUGGGUCGGGAGGAGGCAUGCUUUUAGGGGGUUACUUACCCAAGAAAUUACAACUUCGCUGUCCUGGAAUACUCAAACUCUGUUUCAUCUGCAUGGCUACUUGUCUUUUGUUUGCGCCCACAUUUCUGAUCAACUGUCCGGAUCAGCCUAUCUUUGGCCUGGACAAACCAUACACUGGAGAAAGUUCGAUAUCUGAAUUGAAAGCAGCUUGUAAUAAGGGCUGCGGAUGUACUACGUCAGCAUUUGAACCAAUCUGUGACGUCAAUCACACCGUGUAUUUUUCACCAUGUCACGCAGGCUGUACAAACGUCUCUACAAUCUCAGGGGUCAAAUCAUUCUUCAACUGUUCGUGUAUAGACUCUCCAAGUAAUAAGUCUGCUGCGGUUGAUGGUAGCUGUUCAGAGAAAUGCUCUUGGUUCUAUGCUUUCUGUGUCUUAUUAUUUGGCAUCAUGUUUUUCACCUUUAUGACAAUGUCUCCAGUAGUGACUUCAAUAUUCAGAUGUGUACCUGACAAUCAACGAUCCUUAGCGCUAGGCAUUCAGCUUCUAAUUGGCCGUCUAUUAGGAACAACUCCAGGACCAGUGUUGCUUGGAUACAUUAUUGACAGUGCUUGCACAAUUUGGCAAGAGGACUGUGGUGAAAAGGGCUCCUGUUGGACAUACAACAAACAUGACUUAGGCAUGCGCAUCAUGAUUUGGUGGUUAGUUUUAAAAGCUUUGGGAGUGAUAUUUUUCUUCACUGCGUUUAAACUUUACAAGCCCCCACCAGAACAGGAUAAUAAUCAAAGUGUGGAAGUAGCUACUAUACAUAGCAAUACAGACGGAGUAUCCACUAAAUUAUAGCAGAGUUUAGAGAACAUUCUUAAAAAUACAUGUAUAAUAAAAUGGAACAUGUUUUACUGCAUAAAACUAUUCUUUAAUAAUA